AUGGAGAAAAGUCCGGAAUUAUAUUUGCCCACGAGUAUUUUGAGGCUGGAUUCUGGAAGAUCCAGGAAGCUGUCAAGUGAAUUUAAGAGGACACAGAAAGAAGAAGUAUCGCCACAACCUUCGGUUGAUCGGCUGUCAGUGACGUUUGCCGAGAGUUUCCUCAAGACAGAAGUAGCCAAGAUGCAACAGGAACAGAUACAGCCCCCUGAAGCUGCUCCAGAACCAACCGGAUCAGACGACGAAGACUACUCAAUCAGCGUCAACGCGAUCAUUCAACGCAGAGCUUCAACUAGAAGAUCCAAAAAAAGAAACCGAAGAGCCAGCUCACCGUUUUCACCAGAAACGCCUGUACCAGAACGAAGAAGGUCUUCAGUCUUCACUACAAGCUCCGGAGACACCGCAAUCACUGUCGAUGGCGACCAAAUCAACGAAGUCACUCAAGACGAGAUCUUCGAAAACAUAAAGCUGCACAAGGAGGUUCUGAGUAACGUUAAGAUGCAGCCUUGGAACAUGCGCAAGAAAUUGAAGCUGGUGCUACAAGCGAAGGCAUACAUUAAGAAACACGAGGGUCAGCUUCAAGAGAGACUAGCCCAGAGUCAUUCGACCAGGGAUAUGCUGGCCAGAUACAAUAUUGUCUUAAUCAAAAAGUGGCAAAUUUGGAAAAGAGAGCUUACCAACAUGUCCAUGUGGUUUAUACCAUGGGAACUGAAGAUAAAAGAGAUAGAAUCUCACUUUGGAUCUGUGGUAGCAUCGUAUUUUAUUUUUCUACGUUGGUUGUUUUGGGUCAACAUUGUUAUAGCAGUCGUGAUCAUCUCAUUCGUUACUAUACCCGAGAUAAUAACAGCAGACCCAGAAGCUGUAAAAGAAAGAAAAUAUGUCCUUCCCGAAGAAAAGUACAACUCUACCAACUUCCUAACUCUGUGGGAUUUUGAGGGAGUCUUCAAGUACUCUCCCUUAUUCUACGGUUGGUACACGAACAGAGAUUAUAAUGAAUCUGCAGUCUCGAACAGCAUUGAUAAGAAAAGUUUCAGAGAACAGAGUGGUUACAGACUUCCUUUUGCUUAUUUCGUCACUGGAUUGGUCGUUUAUGCUUACAGCUUCUUUGCCACAUUAAGAAAGAUGGCUGAGAAUUCUAGGAUGUCAAAACUAUCCGAAAAAGAUGACGAAUGCAUUUUUUCGUGGAAGCUGUUCACUGCAUGGGAUUACAUGAUUGGAAAUGCUGAAACGGCUCAUAACAGAGUAGCUUCAAUAGUUACAGGCUUCAAAGAAGCUCUCCUCGAGGAAACUGAAAAGAAAAGAGAAUCCAGAAAUUGGAAAGUUAUAUGUUUUCGGAUACUAGUCAACAGCCUAGUUGUCGGACUGUUAUCAUUUUCCGCCUUUGCUGUAGUUGUUGUGGUAAAAAGAUCGACAGAAAAAGAAGCCAACAGUACUGUGUGGAGAAGAAACGAGAUAACUGUAGUUAUGUCAUUGAUAACUGUCUUUUUCCCGAUGCUUUUCGAGAUUCUGGGUUUUCUCGAGCAAUAUCACCCGAGAAAGCAACUAAUGCUUCAACUAGCUAGAAUUAUGGUAUUGAACUUGCUUAAUUUGUACUCCUUAAUAUUUGCAUUGUUUUACAAAAUAAGUGAUAUGAAGGAAGAAUACCAUGAAAAUUUUAAAACCAACCCUGCCAAACCCACAACCACUGAUGUAGCUCUGUAUACAUCAUCAUCACCAUCAUCUCUAACAUCAACUGUGUCGUCUUUGACUGAUAACAAAACCCUUGAAACAUGUCUAUGCACCGAACCCUUUUUUGCUGACAUAACCUCAACAGUGAUACCAUCAAACCUCACAGAUAUAGCAGAAAACCUCAUGCAAAGAGUUCUAACAACAGUCAGUCAAUUUGCUCUAGAACAUUUUAACUCCACACCUACAGAAACAGCUUCAACAGAAUAUUUCAACAUUACUGAAUUGAAUAUGUCAAUAUCAAAUUCUACAAUAAUUGAUAAUGAAAAAUAUUUCAAUUAUUCAACUUACAGUUUGGAUGAUUUGAAAGAAAGUUUCGUAGAUUACUUAACUUAUAUUUUGUCGCAGUUUAAUUAUUUUAAUGUUACAGACCUAAAUGGUUCAAAUGUCACUUUAUACAACUCUUUAAACAUUAGUAAUGAAACUUCAUUUAAUCAGAAUUCAACUGAAAAUUAUGAAUAUUUCAAAUCAACUGUUUUGCCUGUGUUUAACAACACCUGGCCCGAAGAAGAGGAACGAUUUGAGACCGAUCUUACUACAGUGUUCCAAGAAGUCAGUACGACGCUUGCUACAUUCUAUACUACAGAAUCUGUCAGUACUACCUCAGCUGAAGAAUACAACAUUAACUUGGAAGAAUCAGAGUACUGUAUAAAUUAUUGCAAUAAGUUGAUGGAGUCUAAAAACGCGAUUUUUAAUAGUACCGAAACCAGUACUGCGGUUUCAGUUACUUUAGUUGAUAUGAUAGAAGAAAAAGAGACUUUAAACUAUACAACUAGAGCAAGGUUGCGUAGCCUGUGCUGGGAAACGAUGUUCGGUCAGGAACUUAUUAAAUUGACUGUCAUGGAUUUGAUAAUGACGGUACUGUCAACGUUGGCGAUGGAUUUUUUUAGGGGUAUAUUUGUCAGAGUUAUGAAUAGAUGUUGGUGUUGGGAUCUCGAGAAAAAGUUUCCUCAGUAUGGUGAUUUUAAGGUUGCUGAAAAUAUUCUUCAUCUAGUGAACAACCAGGGUAUGGUUUGGUUAGGAAUGUUUUUCUCUCCAGGAUUAGUGGUACUUAAUGUUGUUAAACUGUAUAUUAUGAUGUACCUUAGAGCCUGGGCAGUACUCACCUGUAAUGUACCACACGAAGUAAUUUUUAGGGCAUCAAAGUCAAAUAAUUUUUACUAUGCUCUGCUCCUGCUGAUGCUGUUCCUAAGCGUUCUUGCUGUGGGCUAUGCUGUUGUCAAGGUGGAACCUUCAUGGCAUUGUGGCCCGUUUUCAGGUUACCACUUUAUAUUCCACAUCUUUACCAAAACUAUAAAAGAUAACGUACCGCAGCAAGUAUUCAAUGUCUUAGAUUAUUUUUCCUCGCCUGGAAUUGUGAUUCCUUUGCUUGUAUUCUUGAUAAUGUUUAUAUAUUAUUUAAUAUCUCUUACUGGAGCUUUAAGAGAGGCAAAUAACGACUUAAAGAUUCAACUGAGAAGAGAGAGGACUGAAGAAAGACGAAAAAUGUUCGAAAUGGUGGAUCGAAGGAGACGUUGUGGAUCUGGAGAAUCGAACGACCAGACUCCAUUUUCCAAAUGGAAGAAGUUAAUAGGCAACUUGCCGAGUACUCGGAGUUGUGAUGAAACGCCUAGGCAAGAGUCCGACGAGAUUGUAGUCAGUCAAAAGGAAGAAGAGGUUGAGAAAGUUGAAAGCAAAAGUAGAGUUUUCUUUACAAAGCUGAUCAAGAAAGCACUGAGGAAAUCUUCUACAUCUGACGAAGAACAAGAUGGUACUGAUGUGGACCAACACGAUUCUUUGCCAUACGACACUAACAAAGAUGAAUCUACCAAAGAACAGAAAUCGGGCAUUGAGCGGCACACCUUAAAAAAUAUUGUUAGUAAAGCCUGGUUACGAAAAAAUGACCAUAAAGAAGAGAAGAAGCACCAUGACGUCGAAUUGAAGAACAUACGAAGUAGCCAACAAGAGGAUUUGGAAAAUAAAAAAUCGAAAAUUACUACUCCUUCAUCGUCAUCUCCUAAAGAACCACCAUCGGAAAAAAACGAUUUUUUGAAGAGAAUACUACAAGCAAAAAAGUCCGGAGUUUUUGAUGAUAAAAUAACAAAUCUACAGAAAACGAUAAACCAUCUUUGAA